GGACAAGGUCACAGUUGGCGGUCAUUCGACCGUCAAGUUGCUGUCAUCAUGGCAAGCUUAUUUCGGAAAGGAACAAUUUCUAAGGAUCCAAAGCUACAACAGGAUUUAGAGCGUUAUUAUAAAAUACGAGCAGCUGCCUGUCGUAUUUUAUCAAUUGCUCAAAAUCCAUUACAACGAUUGGAUGCAGCUAAAACUCUGCUUGUCAGUCAUGCACAGUUACUCAGUUGUAUGCGACUAAUUCAAAGGGAGAAAGUUGAAGAUGCUUUACUUGCAAAUUCACUGUCUCCAAAUUCAUUGUUGAAAGAAAUACCCAUCAUUAAUGGAACAGUUUUACGAAAAACGUGUUUUGCUCGGCCAGGAUAUGCUCAGUUGUGCCUAUCAGAUGUGCGUAUUCCGUUAAUAUGGCGUAAUUUAACCCCUGGCACCAAUAUGAAUUUGGCUAUGCAACAGUUGUUCCCUCAGUCUUCCAGUCUCGUAAGUGGUCUACUACCUACGGCUAUCAGUGCUUCUGGAGACAGUAUCGAUAAAGUAGAUGCUGGGGAUCAAUGCGAUGGCUAUAGUUUAUUUUGUACAAUUCAAGUUGGUCAUGUGAUCCGUGAUACUCGACUAAUCUUUGAUAUCAAACCUGGUACAGCUGAUAUAGAAUUUAAUGAUAAGUGGACUUUUGAUGAUGUCACAUCCGAAUUUGAAUGCAUAAUUGAAAUUUAUGCUUUCCCUAAAGGAGGUAAUAAAAGCAGUUCAUUAUUCUCAAGACGUCGAUUUUCACCAGUCUACGAAACUGGGAAAAAAGUUAUAGAUCAGAGUGAUAUGAAUUCUACUUCACCACUUGGUCAGAAUUCGUCUCAGUAUUUCGACUUGAUUGGUCGGUGUGUAGCUACCUUAAAAGAUGUCCAGAAUAAAGUCUCUUCGCAUACGCUAGAUAUGGGUAGUCAACUGUUACAUUCACGAGAGUCUAAAAACUCCUCGUCGAUGCUGUCUGAUACGAGUACAACUACUACUAGUCAAAGAAAUUUUCUAUCCAAUGAUCAUCAUCAGUUGAAUGAAACCUCUGAGUUGUGCGAUCUUCCAUUAUUUGGUAAUAUUUGUUAUCGUCUUGUUGCACAACCUCAUUCAGCUAAAAUACCAUUAAAGUCUGGUUAUCUGUGGAUACGUAAAUUAACUCCGUCACCUGUGCAAGCGCCUAUGAUGCUGUAUCGUUGUGAUCUUCGUGAUCGUUAUCUCACUGCUAUUCUAAUCAAUAAUACCAGUUUUCGUGAAGACAUAAAUUCACAGGAAUUUUCCCCACUAAAUCAUGCAAGUCAGAAGUCAAAAUGUCAAGAGCAUAGAAUGGUGAAUCAUGCAUUUAAAACUCCAAACAGCAUUCCAGUCAAUGAUAAUUCUUACGAUAAACCAGCUGUUCCAUCAAAAGACGAUUCUUAUGCAAAUAAUGAUCACUUGAAAAUUCCUGAAUUGUCUUCAACUCCAGCUACUUCUGGUGACAUAGUAUCAUUUUCUGAAUAUUCUGAUAAUAAUAAUAACUCAUUAAGUCCUGAAACACACAGAGUCCCAUUAUCAUUACCUCAAAGUCGUCGCUGUCCUGAUUUAAUGAUACCUAUUCAUCCGAAAACACGUUUUCUUGACUCCCAACCGAUUCUACGGCAGAUUGACUUAGCUAGAUCUGAAGAGAUCAGUGAAUCGACGAAUACCUCCAAAGAUGAUUUCAAUACAUCGAAUAAGUGUUCUAUAUCUUCGCCGACGAAUGGAUCACAAUCAAAUCUCAAUCACCUUCAUCCAUGUGUAAAUCAUAACUCAUCGCUGGAGGAAAGAAAACGCGCAUUGUCAACAGUAGACAUAUCAUGUUUAUCUGAUACUUCCCAAUUAGAUGAUUCUUUAUACACACAAUCGUUUUUCUCUGCAUGCAAGGCAAGAUUAUUAACCUCUCAGUCUGUUGAUAAUCUUUGGACUCCAUCGAAAACUGAGCAGUUUGAAAAACCACACAAUAAAACUGCCUUCAGAUUAAAGUCCAGUGAUACACCGAAACAGUUAUCUAGUCGACCGAUGACAAAGUCAACAGAUGGUCUAACUUGGAAUACGGUUAAAAGUGAAUCUUCAUCAAGACAUUCACCAUCUCCAGUAAACAAACAAUGUCAAAAACGAUUAAUUAGUCCUGUUGAUACAAGAAAGCGGAUGAAUCGAAUCUCGCGUUCCGUAGAACCUGUUCGUAGGCUUUUUCCUAAUGAAAAGUCUACUUGUAAUGGUAAUAUUAGUAGCUCACUUGACGUUACUGAAUUUAGAAAACUCCGGCUAAUAUCACCACAAUCAUCUUUGGCUAGCUCACAAAUGUCAACAAAUGAUAUUGUCAAAGAUAAAAGAAUGCCUUAUUUAAAUAAACUACAAGUAUUUUCAUCUCAGUUACUGACAUUUCGAAUUGCUACGUGUCCCCUAAGUGAAAAACGUUCAACUGAUAACAGUAAUUUAUCACCAAUAGAACAGCAUAAUCUUUCCACUGAAGUUUUUGAAUUCACGGUAACAAAAAUGCUUGAUAAUGAUUCCUUCCAGUCGUGUGAUUCCACUGCUUCAGUAUGUUGCGAAAAUGAUGAGAAAGAAAUUGCUUCUUGGUUCGCGUCUUUGAAAAGUCAUAUACAAGAACAAGAGCUUUGGGGUUCUGAAGCCUUCUCUGAAAGUAUCAAUAUUCCUAAGAAGACACCACAGUCGAUUCGCAAUACAAGUGCUCGUCGGUCAGUUGCAAUCCCCAAUGACUUUUCGAUUCGAGUAAAUUACUGAACUUCCCUUCAGUAAAACAUAAUGCUGCAUUGCCAUGUGCUUACUUUGUAAUUAUACAUAAAUAGGUUAUUUUAUUGUUUUACUUCCAAAAGGUGUUUCUUAUUCCUGCUUGUUAAAUUGAAUGAUUUUUUUAAUUUUAAGUUUAGUUUUCUUUGUGUAAAUAUGUUCAAUAGAGUAAUUCCUUUUUCUGUAUCAGUAUUUUUGCUUUCAACAGUUUCUUAUUUUGUGUUUUACUGUCCUCAUGUUAUUUCUUUUUUCUGUAAAUUGAUUAUUGUUUUCAUUCUCUUGCGUUCCGCCUGGAACGUCGUGCUUCAAACUUUGAGCUUUGAAGUUUUACCAGUAACAGUGACUGACUGACUGGUUUCAACGUAAAACUUUGCACAGAUGUGCAGCAGUUCGAGCUGCCACAUUCCAUGUAACAAACAAUGGCAAAUCACAAAGAGUUAAUGCAUCUGUGCCUUUGAGAACAAUUUUGAGCCAUCUCACCAAUUGUAUCCAGCCGUCAUUGGUUCUUACCAGGCCGAGGACCCCAACCAAGGAGUCUACAUCUCCCGACGUGGUUGACGUGAACUAAAUGUUAUGUAUUUCAUUGACUGAUGCUAUGUUUUCACUUGACCACCACUGCCUCUUUUCCAACGUGAUUUAUCGUAUAUCAGCUAACAUUACCCGUUGCUGAGGUAGAAGACGGAUGCCUAGGCAUACAUAACAUAAGUUCUAACCAUCUCAAUCGGUUUAACUUCACCCUAUUAUACCACUUCACACUGGAAAUAGAACACAGACACUUAUAAUCAAAGACAACUAGCCUUUUCAUGUUCUCCACUCUCAAUGGCCAGUUGUCACAUCCAUUAAAGGAGGACGGAGUGGACUGAGGAGCAGUACACCUGCCCUUUGGUUGACAGCCAGCCGGAUAUCACAUCUACGCCAGAGACGGCGUAAACUGGUAUAUACGAAACUAGCCCUCUGUAUCCGUGCUGAGAUUUCGUCAGCGAUCAACCCGUUAGCACUGGCUGAUGCAACUUCCCAAAUAAGUGAAGCGGUCAACGUGCUCUACCACUUCACUCCCUAUUUCUAAGCUAGGAGUCAGUUUAUGUUCAGUCCUGUAACAUCAUCUUACAUUUGGUGUUGGAGCGAAUCGCAUGCCAAACAUUCAUAGAUUGCAGCUGAAGGUGUUCAGAAGACUCUGCUCUAUUUUUUCAGUGUCUUCAUCACCUAGAAGGACUAUAUCGUCUGCAUAUUCUAAGUCAACGAGA